GUAAAGUUCUCGCGUUUGACAGUUCGUGCAAUGUUUUCGUUUGUCGCGACCCCGGCGUGUGGAAAAAAUUUGCAAGUCGAGAAGGAAAAAAUGAUUUUUUGAGGAAAAACGCCUUCUUUGGACCACUUUUACGCAACGGUCAAAACAAUGGCAAAUUGUCUCCGAAGUGUGUCCCGGCUUGCGCCGCGGGUUUUCGCCACCGGACGGCCACUUGCGUCAGCCGACCCACUGGCCAAGGCGAUCCACGAGCCCGAGCAAAGUCACCUUCGAUUCCGGAGAUUACCCGUGACGGAUGUGAACCGAGCGGGGUCGAGCGAAACCAUCCUGCGGCAGUAUUCCAGCGUCGAUUCACAACAAGCCUCGUCCUCGCUAGCGGAUCGAUUCCAGACGACGAACCAGGGCGGAGACCGGCAAGAAUCCGGCGCGACGCCGGCCAGCGGUGGCGGUGGUCCCUCGGAGGAACAGCUGCAAAAGGUGUACGACACGCUGGCCAACACGCUGCCCAAGCUGUUUAUCCAGCCGCUGGAUUACUCGAUCUACAACCCGAACCUGAUCUUCGAAAACAACAUCCGGGGCAUCCGGACCGAGGGUCUGUACCAUUACGUGAAGCAGGUCGCACUGCUGCGGACCGUGGGGCAUUUAAAGUACGCUUACGUCACGAUGGAGGUGCUCAAGAUCACGAAACACCCGGAGGAGAACACCGUAAAGGUGCGGUGGCGGGUGAAGGGCAUCAGCGCGAUGCGGGUCAUGUUCCAGUUCUGGAAGUACAAGCUCUGGAAGCUGAAGGAGAUUUUCGAAGAUACCGAGGCGUGGUACGACGGCUUCUCCGUGUUUCACAUCGGACCGGACGGGCUCGUUUACAAACACGUAGCCGAUAAAAUUAUGCCCGACGAUGACAAGGUGGUGGUGCGACAACCGAAGAACGUAAUUUCACCCAGUGCGGUGUGAAUCGGUCAUUCGAGUGCUGCUGCGCCCGUUUGUAUAGUUAAAAAGCCCGUUAAAAAUUUGCAUUCAAACACUCAAAAAUGCUGCUUGUUCUAAUCUUAAAAAAUAGUGGUUGGCGUGGCGAUGAUUGUUUUGUGACACACACAUUGUUUAAGAAAACGUGAAACAACGCGUCAGAAUAAAAACAAACAAAAUCUGCGUAGUGAAAACAAGAAAAAA